UGUAUAUUAUAUUGUUCGCAGCACAACAUUUAUUCCCUAAGAUGUUCAAUUCUUUGGCCAGCUACCUCCUGGGCACAACAAGUGUCGAUCCUGUACCUGAAGCUACAGAGUUGAGAUUAACAAGUAUGCCAGGCGAUGAUGAUUGGGUGCUUAUUGAUCGUACUGGUAGUGCAGGUGAAAGUGAUACAGAAACCUCUAUAGAAAGUAUAGGUGAUAUCGAUGAUGAUGCUGUUCGAAUAAUUACUCGAACAUCGUCAUCCUCCUCAAUUCAAAGGAGUUCGUCGUGUUCUUCUUUACCAUGUACAUCGAUAGAAGAGUCAUGGUUUAUAACCCCACCACCAUGUUUCACAUCGGCGGGUCCUAUACACAUGGAAACGUCACCAUUAGAAAAUUUAUUAAUUGAGCAUCCCAGUAUGUCUGUAUAUCAACAUUCAACAAAUACGACAUUAAUGUCGUUACGACGGCACAAUUCUGCACCUAGUUCAGCUUCCUCUGUGCAUGCAGAGGAUCAGGAGGUAGAUCGGCUAGAAGAUACGGCAGCAACUCCUUACGCUUCUGUAGUCACGGGGAAUGAUAGAGAAGUACCUCGACCAAAUAACCCACGUCCUCAUCAAAAUAAUCUUAAUCAUUCCCUUCGACAACAGCAAGAGAGGCAGUGCCUUAAUGUUCGGAAUGCCCAAAAGGUAAAAAUACAAAAGGCAUGCCAAACACUAAAAAAAAAUUAUAUAGAAAGAAACAACAAGGCUCGUGAAGUUAAUUUCCGUAAUCGACGACAAAGACGAGGUGAACGGUCGCAGGGAGCUCUGCGAUCAAAUGUAAAUAACAAUCGUAAGUGCUGAGCUAGCCCAGCUCACUCGAUCUCAGGCCCAGCACUAAUAUAAUUAUAUUUGUAUGAAGUAUUAGGAAUCAAUUUUUAAUAAUU